CACACACAGAAAUAUGGAGCAGAAGAAGAUCCUGUGUGUAGGUUUGGUGUGUUUGGACAUCAUUAACGUGGUGGAUACAUUUCCGGAAGAGGACACGGACACCAGAUGUGUGUCCCAGAGGUGGCAGCGAGGUGGGAACGCCUCAAACUCCUGCACGAUUCUGUCUCUGCUCAGUGCUCCCUGUGCCUUCAUGGGUUCUCUGGCUCCUGGACCAAUUGCAGACUUCAUCCUGAAUGAUUUUAAAAUGUGCAACAUUGAUGUGUCUCUUGUUACUGAGCAUGCUCAGUGCUCAUGCCCUGCCUCCGUGGUCAUCAGCAACCAGACCAGUGGCACACGCACCAUCCUGCACAUGAACAGCUUCAUCGUGGGUGAUUUUAGCUGCCGCGGUGUGGAUAUUUCUGGUGUAGUGUGGCAACAGUGUGGCGAGACGCCGUGUGCAUGUUGUAUUGUUUGUCAAAAGUCAGAUUCUCGCACUGUGGUUCUCUAUGACACAAACCUGCCUGAUGUUUCUGCAGAUGAUUUCUCAAAGGUGGAUCUCAGUCAGUUUAAGUGGAUUCACUUUGAGGGUCGUAACGCUGAUGAACAGGUGAAGAUGAUCGAGCAGGUGAAAAGCUACAACGCCACACAUGAGGAGAAGAACAGGAUCACUAUCUCUGUGGAGAUUGAGAAAACCCGUCCCUCAUUCUAUCAGCUUUUCUCCAAUGGAGACGUUGUGUUUGUGAGUAAAGAUGUGGCACUGCAUUUUGGGUUUCAGUCGGCAUCCAGCGCAGUGAAGGGGUUUUACAGCCGUGUUAAAGAUGGAUCAUCCAGGAUCCUCGGCCCUCUCUCGUGCUCGCUCCUCUUCAGCUCAGCCCACAGGUUUUCAAUGGGGUUCAGGUCAGGGGACUGAGAUGGCCAUGGCAGAAGCUGGAUUCUGUGGUCAGUGAACCAUUUUUGUGUUGAUUUGGACAUGUGCUUCAGAUCAUUGUCCUGCUGGAAGAUCCAGUGAUGACCCAGUUUUAGUUUCCUGGCAGAGGCAGCCAGAUUUUGAUUGAAAAUGUCCUGCUAUUUCAUGGAAUUCAAGGGCCUUUGGAGGAAAAACAGUCCCAAAACAUCCACCAUAUUUUACAG